UUUGAAUGUGAAGCGAUGACUGUUUUGAGUUCAUACAAUAUUUUAUUUUAUUUAUCCAUCAUAUUCCCCACAAGUUAUAUGCUCUGGUGGUCACGACAUAUUCCAGGUGAUAUAUUUUCAACUCCUGAUUACAGACACUCCAAAUCAAACCACCUGCAUGAUUCAGGGUUCGGGGAAGUUGAUGAAACGGAAACAAAAAUUUCGGUUAAUAUACAUAAAGCUCCAUAUCAAACACGCCAGAGAACCGUAAGAUACGCUGGGGAUGUGAAGGAUGAUCUAACACCGGAAGAAGCCUUAGUUGCUGUGCCCAAACUUAAAGCGCAGCUCUCACGAACACGAAGUAAUCUGCGGAAACUCCGAAGCCAGAACAAAUUGUUGAGAGACCGCUUGAGCAGCAUGCAAAGUUUAGUCGACAACCUUCAUUCUAGAAAGAUGAUCUCGGAUGUGGCAAGCAGCCUUAUUUCGCAGAAUUACGCAUCAAAUCAUUUUCUCUUGGAUGAGCUUAAAUCACGAACUGAAGGACAGCCUUACAGUGACGCACUACGUAGCUUCGCAAGAACAUUACAUUUUUAUUCGCCGAAAGCCUACAAAUACGUGCGCAAAGUAUUUAACAACACAUUACCACAUCCUAGAACCAUCAUCCGUUGGUAUGAAAGUGUUAGCGGUGAACCCGGAGUCACGAAAGAAAGCCUUGAUGCUUUGAAACUGAAAGCAGCUGAGAUGGCUUCCAAUGGAAAACCAUUAUUAGGCUCUCUUAUGAUGGAUGAAAUGGCCAUACGCCAGCAAGUUCUUUGGAAUGAACAAACUAGAAAGCUGGAGGGUGUGCCUCAAUUGCAUUCCGUUCAUGGUACUACGGGAACUGCUCCAUCAUCAGUAGAACAAAUUCCGGCUGCAAAAGAAGCUCUCGUAUUCAUGGUUACAGGGAUCCAAGCUCCUUGGAAAAUACCGGUUGCCUACUUUUUGAUCAAGGGGUUGAAUUCAACAGAGAAAAAGAAUAUUAUCAAUAUUAUUUUAGAGAGUGUACAUGAGGCUGGUGUAUGUAUAAUAGCUCUAACAUUUGAUGGAACGUGCACUAACAUAGCAACGGUGAAUGCCUUAGGUUGCGAAAUUAGAGGAGAUUAUAUGCCACUGAAAACAUGCUUUCAGCACCCUAGUAGCAAUCAUGAGGUUCAUGUACUUUUGGAUCCAGUACAUAUGCUUAAGCUAGUAAGGAACACGCUCUAUAAGCAGAAGCAAUUACUAACGCCAAAUGGCAUAGUGAAAUAGGAAUUUUUAGAAGAAUUGAACCGGUUCCAAACAGCUCAUGGAUUGAAAUUAGCUCCUAAACUAUGCGAUAAGCACAUACACUUUGAAAAUUCUAAAAUGAAAGUGCUACUGGCUGUUCAAGUGAUUAGUAGCAGUGUCGCUAAUGCACUCGAACAACUGAGCAGUAUCGAGACCGAUUUUGCCGAUUGCUUCGCGACUGUUGAAUUUAUACAUCUCUUUAAUGACUUAUUCGAUAUAACUAAUAGUAUGGAUGAACAUGCCAAAGGUUUCAAGAAACCAUUAUCAAAAACGAAUUUUGAUCUUUACCAUGGCGCAUUUGAAUAUAUUGAACAUUUUAUACGGAGCAUCAAACUAUCCAAUGGAACAAAAGUUCUAGAGUCUCGUUGUAAAACAGGAUUUGUGGGAUUCUUGGUAGCAAUAGAAAGUUUUAAAAAUUUGUUCAGAACAUACGUGGAAGAAAUGGAGAUCGUGGAUCAUAUAUAUACGUAUAGAUUCAGU